AUGGCCGGCUCCUUCCUUCACUUCCGCAAUACUUGUCGACAAGAUCUCCUACACCAAACUCCGGUGUACUUCUCAGCCAACUGUUGUCUUUGUUCUGAACAAUUUGAACUUGAACAGUUUUCCAACAAGCAGACCAAGAACAAGCUAAAUUGGAAUACAGUUCCAACACUCUUUGACAUUCCUAACCCGCCGAAACGUCUGUCUUCCCAACGCAGGUUACUCAAGAGGAAGAAUGAGAACCUCCCAUCCUCACCAAUGCCUUUAAAACAGCAAAGAGUGUCACACAACAUACAGGCUGAACAUUCUUGUUGCUCAGCUGCAGGCCAAAUUCAUCAGAAAGAACCCAGCAGUGUCUCUACAACUCCUGAAACACCUGAUCUUCAAUUCACACCAAAUGUAAAUGACAGCAGAGCUCUGAAGAAGGAAAGACAGCUUACUUUCCGCCUCAAAAAAAAGAAUACAACAGUGGGAAAGAAUACUACAGAAAGUAAGACAAUUAGUGACUUGAUCAGAGGGGCUGGUGAAUUUUUACAAGAACCAGCACUGUCUUUGCGUCGCAGUUGCGUAAUGUGUCCAGACGUAGAAGUGAAAGGGGAAGACGAUGGAGUUAUUCAGACAAGGUAG